AUGGCCAAGUUUGGUUUUCUGCAACAACAUCGUCCAUAUCAACCAGCGUAGCAAUGAUAGAGAACUCACUUCAAAAACAGGUUCUAACACGAGCAGUAGUUCCUCUGUCACCACAAUGACGCAACACUUACAACCCACCCCCCAAAGUUAAGCAGGGUUGUAUUUAAAACCACAACCGAUCAGGACUGCGAGCUCAGACGACGGCAGAAAGGAUUCCACACCAAUACUGAACUGUAGUCUAACAGGUAAGCAGCUCACACCUCAAAACUAACAAGACAUUGAUUUUUAUUUAAUGCUUUUUAAAUUCAGAUCUAGGCCUAUAUGGGCAGAUUUUGUAUUUAUAGGUAAUCCACUACGUAUCAGGGUCACAUUGUUUGUUUUGUUAUCGAAUAUAUUUUUUAUUCUCAAAUUAAGUAAGUUGUAACCACAACAGGUUUUAUUAUUAAUAGCAGGACAGGGGUUUGUGUGGGUGUAUCAGUUGAUAGUGAUAGCUCUAAUUGACUGUUGUUAAUGGAUUUGUAAGUCAUUGAUUUGGAACCGUUACAAGACAGAGGUUUCCUUUUAUGGAAAAAAUAAUGCAAAUCCUUGGAACAUUAGGCUAUGACCAAUCAUAAUCUAGAAUUGAACAAUGCAUGGUAUCCUAAGAUGAAUAUACAAUUUAUAGAAUUAUGUGUUUUGUGUUAUGUUCUUCCUGGCUUCUCAUGAGAUACCGCCCCCCCCUCACUACUCAAGAGUUUCCUUUACGGUGAAACAGAAAGUGAAACUUAAAAUUUACAGCAUAACAGAUCAGGACGGCGAGGUCAGGCAACGGCAGAAACGAUUCCACACCAAUACGGAGCAGACGCCUAACGGGUCGAACAUGUCGGAAAGUCAUCUGAUGGGCUUUUUAGUCCUCUUUCUCUCAAUACUUCCUACUGAAUCAACUAUUGGAAUUCUCAACUCAAUCAACGACCUGAAGAAAAUCCCCUUCGGCCAAUCGGUGCCCAAGCACAGCCUUGUGCUGCUCCACUGGUUUGCCAACACAAUAGAAUUUGACAACAACGACUUGAUAGAGCUGACCUUUGAACCAAGCAAUGGAGACUAUGGCACUCAUCACUAUGGAAACUAUGAGGGAGUCCUGGAUCGACUGCCACCCGGCCAGCAGUACUACACCAUCGGCAACAUCAACGGAAUCUCUUUGCCCUCUUAUGUCAUCGGUCAGGUAAACCAUCUGUUGGGGGGUGAGGAACUCAACAGGGCCCGCAUCAUAUUCUCGCUCUUGGACCAGGACACCAUCGGUCAGGUGUUCAUCACACAGCACUACGAGGCCAAUCAGGGUCUGGGGACUGGGUACGACCCAGUGCACACCUACCAGAUCACCAUCGACCUCUUGAGGGUGCUCAGAGUCUUCUCCUUGGACCGAAGACAACACUCCGAUAUGUCAGAGAUCGGAGGCAACAUCGGAAGCGGCAUCACUGACCACGAACUUUCGUCUGUAAGAAACACGUGGGGCCAGCUGGCGUGUGUCGGACUGCUGUUGUUCAUCGUGAUCAACGAGAGGAAUACGCCUUGCAGACCCAACAGAGCUCGAGAUCCGAAGCGUCCUCCAAAAUGUAACGUUCGAGAACCGAAGCUUCCUCCCAAACAAAACGUUCGACAACCGAAGCCUCCUCCGAUACCUAACAUUCGAGUACUGGCGAGUCCUCCGAAACGUAACGUUCGAGCAAGCGUUACUUCACACAUAUCUGUGAAUAUCCCUGAGAGGGACAUCAACUUCGAGGAACGUAACGUUCGAGCAAGCGUUACUCCGCACAUAUCUGUGAAUAUCCCAGAGAACGACAUCAACCUCAGACCACCAAACCAGGACUGGGACAUUGUUCAAUGUUGCUAUAAAUGUUGGUGUGCGUUCAAGAUAUGCGGACUAAUAGUAGGAGUAGUAAUAGCAAUAAGCAUCACAAUAAAAAUAUGCCUGUACCUACCUUAAUUUAUAGAGCACCUUUCGAAAGCAGAUUACAAAGUGCUUGACAGAAUAGAAUGAAACCAGAAUAGGAGAAUAGAAUAGGUGAAACCCUGACCCUAAGUGCAGAAUAAAUAAGUAUACAUAAAAUCAUAGAACUAAAUAUAAACGUUUGGAGAUGUAGGGCAGUGCUGGACCAAGCCUAGCUUUAGGGUGAUGACAGUAGGGGUGAGAGCUGGCCCCCUUGGGAAGGCAAAGGUUCACUGGAGUGGAGUUCCACGCCAUACCCUUCACGGUGGAGUGAUGUCGGUGCUCUACAAGAACCACCGGGACACCAGUGGGAUCCUUCACUAGAGUACUGGGCCAUCUUGGGGAACCUUUGAAACAUCGGUUCCACUAAACAAAGCCAUGGAGUUAGGCUCCACAAAGACAGACGUUGUUGCCUUUGCUUUACCAGGCGAUAUAUGAACAAUCUCAAACAAUUUGAAACGUAUGUUUUAAGCACACACUGUAAAUGGUUAUCUCAGGUAAUGUAUUGAUCCUGAUGUGUUUAAUCAAUCUUUAAAUUAGAACGAUUAAGACAGACAGGGUACAUUUUUUUGCACUUCACAAUUCAAGUACUACUGUGUGUGUGUGUGUCGGUGUGUCGUGUGUGUGUCGGUGUGUCGUGUGUGUGUGUGUGCGCACUCGUAUGUGUUUUUUAUGCUUACAAAUGGGUGCUUUCAACUUUUAUUUUCUCUGUACAUUUGCUAGGAUGUGCACUCAUUAUGUGCCUGGAUGAAUGUAUCUUAAUCUAUAUUUCUUCGUUGGUAUUUUUUUGCACUUCACAAUUCAAGUACUACUGUGUGUGUGUGUGUGUGUGUGUGUGUGUGUGUGUGUGUGUGUGUGUGUGUGUGUGUGUGUGUGUGUGUGUGUGUGUGUGUGUGUGUGUGUGUGUGUGUGAACGGAGCGCUGUACAGGACUGAGGCUGCGAGGGAAGCUUGCCUGCCUCCAGUCAGCUGAUCACUCUGUGUCCCACUCGAUUCUAAAAAAAAAUGCAGCUAUCGAUGAGGAUAUCCGAAUUUUUACAGUAAAGGCACGCCUCCAGGUGUGAAUCUGUCCACCUGGUAUCCCAAUAAUCAUGACUCUCACUGUCUACACCAUGGACAGCGUCAGACCACAGAGUCUAUGUCCCACAUUUUAAACGGCUGUAAUGUUUACCAAGGACUAUACAUAGCCAGGCAUGACAGAAUUGUUGACAUUAUCACCAAAGAUGUGUCACCCAUGUUUGAUUCCUCUGUUUUGUUCUACAAACAUUCAUGUGUGAAACCAGAAAUGUUUCAAUGCAAUGACCCCCAAUGUAUUUCAAGGUAUAACAGCAAAUACACCAGAUGUCAUUGUGAUUGAUGAGAAUAGCAGAGAGGUUUUCCUAUGGGAAGUUUGUUGCACUUUCGACUCAAGUUUAGAGGAAGCUUUCCUCACUAAACAAGUUAAGUGCCAACCAUUAGUGCAAGCUAUACGUUUAGGCUAUAAAUGCCAGCUCAUCGUUUUUAUUUUCGGCAGCCUAGGUCAUGUCCACAGGCUGGUGGUCAGAGGCUUGAGAAUUAUGAGGUUGUCCAAAUGUAAAGCAAAGCAGCUUGCAACAUAUUGCUCAAUCUCCUCCAUUAUAGGCAGCCGAGCUAUUUGGAGGAGGAGGUGUUUUCUGUUCCCAUAGAUUUUCUCUGUCUGUUAACAGACUGUGUGCAACCAACGUUGAUUGAAUAAGCUCAUGUGUACGUAUUGCCUAUUCUGUGCAUGUUUGACUCAAGUACUGCAACAUGUUGUUUCAAGGAUGUAGGGCAUCAAAAGAAACUGAAAAUAUUUGUGCCCUUGCAAUGUAUUUUAUAAAUGCGGACACAAAUAAAGAUAUUGAAAUGUGUGUGUGUCGGGGUAAAUAAGACGAUUAUAUGAGACAUGUUUGAAUUAAAUACAAAAACACUGUUUUCAAUAGCGAGUUAUGUUACUUCCUUAUUAUUAUUGUUAUUAUUAUUCUGCACUGCAACUGAGGGUGGGCGCUACCAUUAUAUGUUUGUAUGGGUGUUCUCACAGGGAAUGUUACAUUUGUGAAUACUUUAUAUAUGCAGAAAUACAGUGAGGGCUCUGAACUUCAUUAUUAUGGAAGCAUGAUUCUCAUACAUUUAUGUUCAAUUCUUUACAGUUAAGUUUAAAGAUCUCUGUAAUGUUUUUUUUUAAGUCUGUAGGCUUACUUGACAAAUGUGUAAGCAUAUUUGGAUCUUAGGAUCUUAGAGUUUAAGUGGUCAUCGAUAGGAAACGUUGUAUUCUAACAAUUUUCUAAAUUCAACCAUUCAGAAUGAAUCUUGGUUAUAACUACCAACCUAAACCGAAUAUAUAAUCACUGAACGAAGGUUAUGGUGAUAAAAUGCACAUUUCUUGCUACAAAUGUUAUUAAAACCCAGUUAAUUCUGAAUCAAUAUGCAAAUAUCACGCUCAUGCGCACCAACGUUAAUCUGUUGAAUCGUGUCCCAGAGCACAAUAGUCCGACUUUUUUUCGUGCUACACAGAACAAAAUGUAAACCAAUGCAUUCUGAAUGGGAGCGUUCUCAGACGAUUAACGUGCUCCACGAAACGAAACGAGAGAGGUAAGCAGUUAAGCAGCUCACACCUCAAAACCAACAAUACAUUGAUUUUAAUUGAAUGUUUUUUAAAUUAGGACCUAUAUGGGCAGAUUUUGUAUUUAUAAUCCACUACG